AUAAAUAGGUGACCGAAAAUUUUUGUGAAUCAUACUUCGAUUCGAAGCUUUACUAAACAAAUCAACCAAAAUGUUCAAAGUUAUUGUUUUUGCUGCUAUCUUGGCUUUAGCCGUCGCUGCUCCAGAACCAAAACCAAAACCGGGAAUUGUUGCUGCAGCUUAUACUGCACCAGUUGUUGGAACUCCAUUGGCUUAUUCAUCUCCCGUUGUAUCUGGUUAUACAUCUCCAGUAGUGUCUGCUUAUACAGCUCCAGUUGUUUCUAGUUAUAGUACUUAUCAUGGAGCUGUUCCAGCUGUUUCUGCUUACUCUGCUCCUGUUGUUUAUGCCUAAAUCAUGAUUGAAUAAAAUAUUAAUUUUGCAAAAAUAAA